CGUCCUCGCUCUCGAGGUAUCUCGUCUCGCCCCUCCUGAUAAACGAUUAUCGCGGUUGGCGACAGCCGCAGCGCGUGCCUGGGCCCGCUCCCCGUCGUCAGUGUCCUCCGUGGUGCGAAACAGCCGCGAAGAUGACGGUAAUCACGAAAGCGAUCACCGAGAAGAAGGCGUCCGACAAAAUGGAGCAGCCAUUGUUUGUGGAGGAUAAUGCGGCGGAGGGCGCGAAAGCUGAUCCCGAGGCAGCGCGCUCGAAGGCCGACGCGGUCCCGCGCAGCCGUUACUUCAUUUCCACAAGGAGCCUCCGUCGUAUACAUAUGACGGCGACAUUCCUGCUCUUUCUCCUGGCGCUGCUGAUCCUGCUCAUCGGCAUGAUCGGCGGGCUGUACAUCUACAAACAGUACGCGAGGACUCAGAUGCGCCGAUUCCGCACCGGCUGGUACAGCAUUCCGUACGACAGCUCGAAUAAGGCAUCCUACGGCAGCAACGCGGUUCACCAGGGACUGCUGGCCGACUCCGACCUGUUCGCCAAGAGCCUCACCAGGGCCAUGGAGCAGGACGCGCUGGACAUCGCGAGGCACAUAGACCACGACAUCAACAAUUUCUUCAAGGAGAGAUUUGAGAUCGAUCUCGAGAACGAGGAUUACGAGAAGAUCGACGUACCCGACUUUCGCGGUGGACGACAGGGCCGCUUCAUACACGAUUUCAACAUUAAUAAGACAGGCAUCAUAGACAUCGACGGUCAGUGCUGCUUCGUCAUGCCAUUGAAUCGUCAGCGCGUGUUGCCGCCACGUAACAUGUACGAUCUUCUGAGGAAAAUGUACAACGGUUACUACGAGGUGGACACCGCGGUCGUGCGUGAAACCAUGAAAGUAAUCACACCGCCAAUCACCGACAUGUCGCUCGUCGGGACGUACAUAGCGCGUGAAUGCCAAGACUUGCCUACCUACAUGUUGCAGAAAGUAAAUGCCACUAGUGUUGUAAAACGCAGCGCAUCGCAGAGCGGAGUGUUCGGACAGUUCGCCGGCAAUAGUAUUAUGGAGGUCGAUAUCGUGAAUUUAGAGGACUUCGAAUGAAACUUUGAGAAAUUGAGCAGUGGGAAUUUUCAAUUAUUCUAGAAUAUUUAAAAGAAACCACCAGUAGAUCAAUGUAUAAAAGUUAUAAGCUGUCCCAGGGCAAACUUAGGUAAAUAUUCUGUCGAGUUUAGAAUCGUUACUUUGCAUUUUUAUCGUGCAUCAAUUAAUUUCUCGUCCCCGGCGGUUUUUCCCCCCUCCCCCAAAUCAGGUAUACCCCCUCACCAUUUAUCAAGAUUCUCGUUGUAAGUCUUUCCAUUUCUACUAGUUAUUCCAUUUUCUAUUAAUUUUAUAUCGUAACGUAUAAUGCAAGCACGAUUUGUUAUUAUUGAUCUGAAGUAUGCAGUACGUCGGGAGAAACUCCUUUAUAAUAUCAUGAGAGGCUAAACGUGAAGGAUCGAAUCGCUAUAAAAAAAAGAAAAAGUGUAAGAAGUCUCUGUAAGAUGGUAUAUUGUCUACAAGGUUCUUAUAGGAAAAUUAAUAUCUCUUCCAUAUUCUUGUGGUAUAUUAUUCAAACAGGUAGCAAAUACGGUGUUACGCCAUAGUAAUAAAACGUUUAUUAUUAUGGAUUCUGGCACACAGCUUGUUGACUAUAUUUAUGAAUGUCUGCGUUAAUAAUCGAUGAAACCAGUAGAAUAGCCGUGCACUAAGUGGUUGCGCUUACGAUGCAGUUUUAUGCUACGUUAUUAUUAGUGAACUAUAGAUAUAUAUAUUCAUUUGUGAAUUCUAUUUAAAAAGAAAUCUAUCGCUCUCGUGUUACGAGAGCAGUGGCUUGAACACAGUAAGCUCGGGAUAUAAGACACGAAUUAUUAAUAUUGCAGAAUUGAGAAUAAUUUUCGAAAUGUGUUUCGAUAGAAUAUAUUGGUUUUACGAUUAACAUAUGAAACACGUUAAACGUUUGUAAGAUUACUGUGACUAUAUAAAUAUUUUUACAAAACGUUUGGAUCGAAGAACACGAAAGUUACAUAGAAUACUGAUCCAUGAGAAGUAAUGUGUUUCGAUAUUCCAUAUAAGACUUUCUUGUCUCUUCUGCAUUUCUAAUCGCGAAAGGUUACGUGCUUCAACAAAUAUUAAUAUUGCAGUCUUUUAAACAUAUGGUUUACGUUCGCCCAGUUCAUUGCCAAUUAAUAUCAUGCAUGACAGCCGGAUCUGGAGUAGAUAAGAACCGUAACUGGAGUAGAUAAGAAUUGCGACUGAAUGCAAUUUUGUCAUUAGUCUAUUUCGGUGCAUUCGUCACGCACAUACAGAGAGAAGCCGUUUUUAAUUUUUUUCUCACAUUUUAUUACACCUACGUACGGCAUGAAAUGCUGGCAAAUGUAUCCAGGUACUCGGAUAUUCAUUGCUUUUCAAUACUGCGUAUUGAAUUAUAGACGUAUUCAACACUAACAUUUAGGAAGUAAGUUUCUUUUCAAGUUAAGAUACUUUGUAGUCAAAAUGAUUUGUGAACAAAAAUUUGUAUGCGAUUUUAAGAGCAUGUUAAAAAGUCAAAAACUUCUAGUCUGUUUCGUGUGGUGGAUUAUUAUUAUCAUCUGUAAUUGAUAUCGAAAUUAAGAUGGCAAACUAAAGAUGUAUUGUUGCAAAAUGAUUUUCACAUAUAAAUUAUUGAGAUAGACCAACGAUUAGAUAUAAUAUGCAAAUACCGUGUUGUAUUUCCGAAUGGAAUUAGGGAAGUUAAACGAAUCUUAGUCUUUUUUGUGACUCAGCCGAGAUAAAAGAGAUAUGUGUUUAUUAAUGUACGCACGGAUCACGUUACGGACCGAGUGCCUGACCAAUAAUUCCAUUCUGGAUUAGUUAUGUACUUUUGCUUGUAUUACCGGCUCCAAUAAAUAAAACACGCAAAAUGUAUAAAUAUGCGGCGCGUACACGCCGGUUUAAAUGUCCGUAGACACGUAGAUUAAACACUGGUGGCAAUAAAUAGUACAUUAGUUAGUUCCACCAUUUUCAGGUGGGGAUGGAAAUGCAGAACAUCUUGUUAAUUAGCUUCCGUUAAUUCCACGACGAGAUGCGUAAGUUUGGUCUGCGCAUUUUAAACCUUAUUAUAGAAUUGUUACACGAUUCUGUGUCACGUUUCGUGCGAUUGUAGUUAAGUUCCUAUAGUCAUUUUUAUCUCCAUGAGUUUGACAAGUUUUCUUAGCUUUAUAGCGUUGAUAAACCAAAUUUGUAAAACUGUACGCGAAUUUAUUGUAAAGUCUGACAAGAAAAUAAAUGAUACAUAUGAAUGUCAGUAUGAGUGUAA